AUGGAAUCAUUUCCAAAUGAGUUAAGGCUUUACAUUGCAGAUGUGCAAGAUGUUGCUACUGAUGGCAAUUGUGGCUUUAGAGACAUUGCUGAAUUGAUGAAUAUGGGUGACAAUAAAUUGGAUCAAAUAAGGAGAGAGUUGAUAGAUGAGUUGAAGUCUAAUAAAGACGAGUACACUGCUUUACAUGGAACCAGUGAUAGAAUAGAAGAACUUAAUUAUAUUGUAUCAUAUUUUGAGAGCAAUCCAAGUUUCAAUCAUUGGAUGACAAUGCCAGACAUGGGCCAUUUGAUAGCUUCCAAAUAUGAUUUGGUCUUAAUGCAUAUAUCUAAAAGACAAUACCUUAUCUUUCUUCCUUUUUGUUCAGAACCACUACAUGUGGAUUGUCGUAAAGUUAUCUUCAUUGGAUUUGUCAAUGAUAAUCAUUUUGUCAAGUUGUUCAUGGUACCAAAAUGUCCUAUACCUCCAGUUGCUGAUAAAUGGUUUAAACAUCAUCAAAUAUGUGCCCAGGGAUGGGAAACAGAAUAUUCUCUCCAAAUAAAAGCUUUUAAGGGUUUAAUUUCAGAUGACAUUGCCAUUUAG